CAUGACGCCUCAUCAAGAAAAGAUUUUCAACAACUAUAAUAAAAAUACUACUACUUCUACCAGUAGUGGUAGUAGUAGUGGUGGGGGUCAGACCAAGCUGCCUCCAGAUUUGCUGAACUCUGGAAGGAUUGUCUACAUAUCCUCUUUCAAAAAUAACGAUGCUGUGAGGCAGUUAGAAGAUAGUUUAUCUAAUGCAGUCAACCUCCAUAACCGAAUCAUGUCUUCAAACUCCCAGCUAUGUUUGCCGAUAAAUAAAGUUCAUCUGAUAUUUGUGGACGUCUGCCCUGUCAGAGUGACAAACAGAUGUUCCAAUUAUUACAAGAGAAAGGUGACAGAUUAUUUGGUGACUGAACUUCACUGCUGCCAAUCAGGGAAGAAUGUUUUCUCGAAGAUGGUUGAGUUGGUCAUGGAGCAUUACUCGCUGGCGUUGACCACAAUCACCGGCAUUCCAAUGAAAGAGGAACAGAACGCGUGCUCGUCGGCUAAUUAUGAUGUGGAACUUCUCCAUCGAAAGGACACCCAUCAUGAAUUAUUUAAGACAGGUUGCAUGGACAGCCUGAUGAAGUCGAAAGAAAUCUUCGGCGCUGAUGCUAUUCCAUUGAAGUGGUGCACUCCAAAAUCAUUAAUUCCUGACAUGCAGCAGUGCCACUCUGCUUACCGGAUCACUCCAGUUGAUGUCAACAGCAGGCCAUCUCUAUGUCUCACUAACUUCUUACUUGGUGGUCGAAGUGUGAUGCUGGAGCAUCAGAGCGGGAAGAGCAGUCUGAAGGUGAUCUCACACAUGCUGACGAGCCACGCCGGAGAGAUCUUCAUUCAUUCACUGUCCACCUUUCGAUCCAUCCUUGAGGAUCCGCCGUCAAUCAGUGAGGGAGUGGGCGGUCGACUGACGGACUAUCGAAUCCAAGAUUUUGGCGAAUUGAUGAAGAGAUGUAGAUUUAUACCAUACUCAAGUGAAUCUGUUACCGAUAUCAACGGUGGCAAUAUAGCUGCCAGUAGCAGCAGCAGUAGCAGCAGCAGUAACAAUACUAGUAAUAGUGUUUCUGGCAGUGCUAACUGUGGUCUUGCCGGUGAGAAGGUGCCACUUCAAACAACGUCAGGGGUGUCCAAGAUGAUUACACCAUUGGAGAAAUCGAAACAACAGUUAGAACGCAUAACAAGAUACUGGCCUCUAACUAUCAGUGAAUCCAUACUGACCAGCAUGAUAGGGAUAAUUGAACCGCUUUCGACGCUCCUGACGAAAGAAGUUUUAUCAGAAGCAGACGUCAUCGAGUGCUUAAAAAUAAUUCACAGUAUCGGCAUCAUGGAGGCAAAGAACGAUCCACUCCCAUUGGCUAACACUGGAAUCAAAGGAGGGAUUAAAAAUGUUAAGAGGGAGGAGCAGUACAAGCAGGUGUGGAUCGAACUGGAGAAGCUCAUUCGUUUCCAUGGGAACUCUUCAGCCAAUCACGAAAGAGUUUUGAGUUGCUUGCUAGAUUGUAAGAAGAUAAAUCCACGAACAGCAGCAGCAGCAACAACAGCAGCUGCUGCGGAAACAUCAGCUGCUGCAGUAGCUUCAAUUACCAGCACAGACAUUUCAAAGAAACUUGAUGAUGUAAAAUCAGCUGAUGGUUUGAUGAGUGACAGGUCGAUUGAAAUUAACUCCUCCUCUUCAGCCAGCACCACAACGACAUUAACAUCUACCUCGAACAAAAUCGCAAGCAACAUCUCAGCCACGACAACGACCGUUAACAAGCACAGCAGAAAGGCUACUAGAAAUGAAGAUGACGAUGGUGACGAUGGUGAUGGAGGAAAUGGUAAAAAAAAGUAUAAAUAUAUGAUAGAUAAUCUAGUUCGAGGCGAAUCAUUACUGAGCCUAUGGUAUAGAGAUCUGAAGGAGAAGUCAAAGAAUAAGCCAAAGAAACUCCCAUUUUAUGGGGAGCUUCAAAUGGUUGACAAUUCAUAUGAGUUGUAUCAAUUCAUGAAGGAAAAUAAUAAUAAUACUACUGCUACUACCUCCACAGCUGUUUCUACAGUCGCUAGUACAGCUUCUUCAAAUACUACAAGCAGCAAUAAUAAUAAUGUUUCUACAACAAGCAGUAGUAGUAAUUUUAAUAACGAAGUUUCCAUUGGUAGCAGUAAUACUGUAAAGUCUGUAACGUUCAAAGAAUGAGGAAUUAGAUUUAUUGUUUCUUUUAAAUGUGUAAUUCUAUUUUUUAAUAUUUUCAAUAUAAUAAUUUGGUUUUUUCAUCAUAAUUCUUGUUAAAUUAUGAUUCUGUAGCACCGUUUUAAUGUAUAAUAGUCUUAUUGAAAUCAUAUUUUAGUUACGAAUGCAUUCAAUUCUCUUUAAGGCUUUAAGCAAUUCUUGAUGAUCUUCAAUUAAUUCAGUUGCUAUCGCUUGUAUAUUUCACAUUUAUUAAGUAAAAUUUCUUCUGAUGAAUAUGCUAUUAUUUUUAUAUUAUUUUGUCAUUAUUAUGAAAUAACUUGGGUAAUAUGUUAAGAAAAUUAAUAUUUCUUAUCAUUUUUCGGCAUUUUCUUAUUUUUGUAAUGCCAGGAAUUGAACUAAACCCUUUUUUUAAUUUGAAAAUAAAUCCAAAAUUUU